AUGUCUGACGACGAAGACGACACCCCCAUCGCCUGGUCCAUAAGCCUUAUGGAACUUCCCGCGGAAGUCUACAUCAAGAUUUUCCUCACUCUCUUCAAUCAACAGAGUGUCGUCGCACUCCGCCUUACCUGUCGCAAGCUUGAGGGCGUAUACCAGCGCAUCGCCGAGACGGUCCGUGUUGACCAGUGCGAGCGCAUCGUCGCGCCUGUUCGAAACUUUCUUGAGUUUCUCGACCGCUUCAAGCUCCCAAAUGACAGGGUGCGACACCCUCCUCCGGGCGGCUGGCCGCACAUCCAGCCAGGUCCCGGCAAUGCACUUGAGUCCAAGACGCCUUUCGCCCUUGACAUUCUGCGCCAUCUCUCCUACAUAUACGACCCGGAGCCGCAGUUUGACUACUAUGACGGAUGCGUCACUCACCGAAGCACCAUGGUUGACUAUUCGGAGGCCGACGCCUACCAAGGCGGUCAAGAAGACCUGUGGCUUGAAGAAUCCGGUUUCGUGGGAGACGAUCAUCCACCACCAUCGGAAGGGCGUCACAUACUCACACUAGCCGAUGGCUGGGAGGGCCCCGGCCACUGCAUCUACAUCGAUACCUGGACCGGGCUCGUCUACGAAGACGAGGAGGAGUGCGGCCCCUGCGCCCCCAUAAUUCUGGCCCAAGACUUCUUUUCGGAUCGCAUCAAAUCUCUGAAGCGGUUCGACGAGGUCUUUGUUCCGGGCGACCAUACCAUCUACAGACGCCAAGCGCAUUAUGAACGUGAGAUGCCGUGGCGGAAUGGACAUUUCUGGGAUCGCGAGGAACGCUAUGUCGACUAUGACCCAGAUGACGACCCCUACGACGCUGAGGCGAUGGAGAGACAGGGAGAGCACGACGGAACGAAUCAGGAAUUUGGCUGCAUGGAGGACGCGGACUGGAUCCGACACCUUUACUUCAAGCAUGGCUGGCCGGGGGAGAACUGGGACAAGGAGGCCUGCCUGCAAGCGAUCAGGGACUUUGUGGAUCGCCGGCGCCAACGGAGUGGGCGAUGGUAG